AUGGAACCAUCUUACUGCAAGGACAGCUCAAGUGGCCACAAGACUGGUCACACCUUGACAAGAAGCCAGAGGUCGGCAGAUUUCUCUACCAUAGCUCCACAAGACGAGUGCGAUUUGUCUCUGGCUGCGAUGUCCAUUAGCGGAGCAGAAACUCCAAAUGACGUCUGGCAGGACAAACUCACGCGCAAAUGCGACCUGAUCGGACGUGACAACAUCCAAUUGCGCACCAAGGUACAGAACGCCGAACAGAAAGUACUGCAAGCGAAUACCAAAAGGGUUCCAGACAAAACGCGGUUUCAAAAGGUCAGCGAUGAGCUCACGCGCAAGAACGAUCUGGUGAAGAAACUCGAGGCUGAGCACAAGGAGAAGAAGGCCGAACUUGAGAAAGAGGUCAAGCUUCUGCGGGAGGAGCUGCGAGGAACCUUGGAUAAAGCAAACGAGGGCAAGACGAUUGCCUACCUCGUUCAGGCGGAUAACGAGCGCGCCUGGAGGAUGUUUGAAGCGGCGAAGGCUCAGCUUGUUGCAAUAGACGAGGAGCACCAACGCCUUCGCAACAAGCUGGAGAAUCUGCAGGGCUUGACAGCUUGCGAGAAGCUGUCAGGCUUGGUGGGCGAGGUCGGCACCAUGGAGGAGACAUCGCGGCGACUCGUGCUCGCCAAGUGGCUUUGA